AUGGAGUUCGGAUUCGAGAUCAGUUCCAGAUUCCCACUAACCACCACACUCACUUGGUGCCUUCUCAUCGCAUCAUCAUGUCUUCUAACCACAACAUCAGCAGCUAGGUUCGAAGUAAGAAACGAGAUCACCAAAUACCCGGGACGAAACCAAAGCCUCACGGUCACAUGCUGGUCAACUACUAACAAAUUAGGCAAUCAAAAUCUCAAACCGGGAGAAUCCAAAAGCUGGUCCUUCAAGCCAGUUUACAUCAAGAUACCAUUCCUUUACACAUACUUUCAGUGCACUUUCUUCACCUCCUUUAGCUCGCCUUCUGGUCAGACCGCAACGGUUUUCGCCGGAGAGAGGAAGUUCAGGUGGGAAUGCGAUGAUCCGAAUGAGGACGAGUGCAUUUGGGUGGUGAAGAGAGAAGGGUUGUAUCUUAGGAAGAUCUCAAGGGAUGAUAAAGGCCAAAGGGUUUAUGAAGAUGAUCUGAGACUGGCUUGGAUUGGUGGUACUAAUUACUAUCCGGUUAAAUAG